AUGACUCGUGGCAAAAGCACUGCACGGGACAUUAUUUCGACUACUGGUCGUGUGUUGAUAAAUGUUUGUGGAAUUCGUAUAUACGCUCAUUGUUGGAAUCUCCUGAUGUUAGGUUGCGCCGAAGCUCUUUACAGAGCUGAAGUGGCUCUCUCUAACUUUACAAAAAGCAAAGAGGCAAUUAUUCAUUUACUUCAAUCGAAGACUAAUAUAGGAUGGCUGAGGGAGAAGAGAUUCAACCCCUUGUUGUUGAUAAUGGAACUGGGAUGGUUAAGGCUGGUUUUGCUGGUGAUGAUGCUCCUAGGGCUGUUUUUCCUAGUAUAG